CGUUUCAGCUCAAUAACAAAAACUAGACGCGACGUGUUCACUUUCUCUCAGAUUUCUGGUUGACAGACACACAUUUUCUUCUUGAAGAACGUUGUUUUUGCAGACUGAUAACACGGCAAUUUUGGCCUAAAACGCCAGCUUUGAUUUGACUGAUGCGAAAGAUGGCUAUGACUUCAUCUCAGUUUGACCACCUGAAGCUUAACAGAGUGGAGGAGGGUGAUAAGCCACGGGGCAAGGCAGUUCGGCGGAACCUUUUUGGUCCCGUUGACCACCAGCAGCUUCAGCAGGACUUCAACCGGCUUUUGUGCAUGGGUGCGGAGGUGGCCAAGCAGCGCUGGAACUUUGACUUCGAGAGCGAUCAUCCUACCCCUGGCUCAGUGAAGUGGGAAGAGAUGCAAUGCCAGGAUGUUCCUGCUUUCUACCGCAGCUGUGUGGUGAGGACGGGCAAGCGCAGACCGGAGGUCCCCAUCAGCGCUGGUGGAAAGAGAGCAGUCAAAUACAGACAGGCUACUAUCACAGACUUCUAUAUGGUGAAGAAGAAGAGGUUUCUUCAUUACAAAGUACCAUUGAGGCAGUAAGAAGAGAGCACUCACUUACACAGCUGAAGAUCCUUUCAGCUCCUCAGUGUGUAUGUAAAUGUACAGUAUCUGCAAUUAUAGUUAGUAAUCUUCUAUUGGGGUUAUGUAUUCAGUACAUUAUAAUAAGCUUUAAGUAUACUGUGAAGGUACAGAAAUGCACUCAAAAAACAUGACACUUUCAUUAAGUAUGGUUUGAAUAGUUCUGUGCACAAUCAGCUUAUCUGGUUAUAAAACCUUUUCUCCUUUUUACAAGAAACAAAAGCAUAAUAUGGAUCUCUAUACUUUAAAUGGUUAAUUUAGCUGUUUUGAUACUUGAUCAAUUUUUAUCGGAAAAUUGUGAGAAAGAAGGAGGGGUGGGCGUUGGACCAGCAACCUGGCCUGUGUAAACCACCAUUUAUACCGAAAUGACCAUCUCAUCACCCAGUGUGCUUAACAGCAUGGGAAGAACAACAACAACAAAAUACAAAACCCUACUUCUUAUUUAUUGUUUUUCAAACAGAUAAGAAAUCAUAUCACGUAUAAUCUCAACGAGAAAAAAAAAGCUAACCCAGAAUUACACUGAUAUAUUUGAGCUAUGGCCUUAUUGUGUUUGUGUUAAAGAGAAUUUUUCUCAGAAAAAAGUUAAUUAAUCUCUGUGACUUCUUACAAGCUAGGUCUUGAAGUAUGUGACCUCUGACCUCUGGUGCAUACCUGGAGUACACUUUGUACGUAAACAUUUCACUAAUUUACCAAUCAGUGCAAGAUUUGUUAAAGAUUUGUUGUACAAGUUAUCUUGCUGAUUACAUAAAAAAAAAGUAUUUAAGUAUUCCUUAUACCAGUUCUCCUAAACUACAUCAGUUUUAAAUGUUCAGAAACUUUAUAUUGUUCAUAAGGUGUAAAAUAGAGAGUUUAUGAUUAUGGCCUUCUUUUCCUACACAAUUAUUAGCUUUGGGUUUUAGCUUUUGGUGAGACUUUUAUUCUGUUUACGUCUCACAAAGACCUAUAUGUAAAUUUGUAUAGACAAAGAGAGUAAUAUUUGUUGUAUUAACAGCAGUAACGCACAACACCUUAUUUGGAUUGUAUCCGUUAAUUUUUGAGUUUUAAUUAUGUAGCAUCUUAUCUUUUAGUUUUGUUAUGUUAACCAUUUUAGUUCUAAAUACUUUAACGAGAAAAUGUAGUGUUUUAAUUACAGUGGGUUGAAUUUGAAUUUGUGUCAAAUAAUAAAAAAUUGUUUCUAAUUGUUUAUAAUAGACUUAUAAAGCCACGCUCAGCAUAUAAAUAGCAGAGACGUGUUUGCAGAGUGUUUGCAGAG